AUGCUUCGCUCUUGCUGCCUUCUUCAUGACGUUCUCUGGAGAGUUUGGGAAGCCCUGCUUCUCUCCCAGUCCCUCGUCGUGUUUUGCCCGUGCGUGUCUUUAUUAUCGAAAGUGAUGACUGCCCUCGCUUCGCUUAUCCAUCCUUUAGUUCCCACUCACGACUUCCGUCCCUAUCUCACCGUCUACGACCAGGAUCUCCGCGCCAUCGAGGCCUCGCUCGAGAAGAAACUCCCUGGAGCGCUGCUCGCGGGGACCAACGAUCCGUUUAUCGCUGAAAAACUGGGCAGGUUCGUGGAUAUUUUGCUGAUCCCCGCGCCGCAAUCCGAUGAGCGCAUCGUUCUCCGAAGCGUCAUCGAGGCGUUUCCGGGCGUUUCGGGGCUGAAGAAGCUGCUGAGCGAUCUGGAGAAGAAGCAGAAAGACCCGUUCUGCGUUUUCCUGCAGCACGGCGAAAGUCGCUACGAGCCCUUCGUGGAGAACUGGACGGAGGACAUCGAGAAGCUCAUUCUGCAGCACCGCUCGUCGCAGACGAAAACGGUGUACACGAAGAACGCGUUCCUUCAUAACCACAUCGGAACGAUCACCAGUAACUUCCUUUCUCCCUUCCACGUUUGCAUCCGCCAAUUCAAGCAAGAAGCGCUCAAAUUUAUCCCACAUCCGUAUCGCACGAUGAAGGAGCAGCUCGUGGGAACGGACGUCUGGCGCGUGGAGGACGCGACGUAUCGCCAUCCGGAAUGGCUCAAAUAUCCGUUUCGCGAAGGCGCAGCGGCCGAUUUGAUGUACCAGUUCGCGCGGUCCGUUCAUGUGGAACGGAUGGUGAACCAGCUGCGAGAGGAAGUGAGUCGAGAGCUGACGGAGAUGGAGGUCGCGUGGAGGAUUACGCUGGGGAGAGAGCAAUUGAUGCGAUUGCUGCCAAGUGAUGAGCAGGAACGAACCGUGAUCUAUAAGAGGAUUCUGUGUAUGAUCGAGGCGGAGAAGAAAAAUGGGAAAGAUCAUGCUUCAUGUACUUCCAAGCGUUUGAUUAGCAAGAUGGAAGAUCAUGCAAAAUGGAUAUUGGAAUCGAUUAGCAGAUGUGCUUGUUUGUGCAAAUCAAAAAUUUGUUAA